GAAUUGCUCAACACCACCCACGAACUUGAUUACGACACUGCUCGCGAGCUCGUAUGCUUACGAUAGUGGGACACCGCUCGCAUCAACGGCUACCUGCAGCCGCCUCGCUGUUUCAAAUUUCAGAGCUAAAGUACAAAUCCACCGACCUCGGCAGCAUCGCUUUCCAGCUCUAUACCCCACUCGCUCCGCCCGCGCCUCCCUCCAUUAAGACCCCGGCCGAGGAAGGAGGAUGCGCAGCCAUGGUGAGAAAGAGGAGCCCCAUCGUCAGGAAGGCGUUGGACCUCAUCGCCCUCAGCUUCAGUACCCGCGUCGCCAAGGUCAGGCGGCCCAUCGCCCGGAAGCUGCUGCUCCUCAAGCGGACCAAAAGGUUCAACCUCCUCCGGCACUACAACUACGCCUUCGUCGCGGAGUACGAGUUCUCGCCCUCCAACUCCCCGCUCUUCCGCCGCCCUUGUGCCCCGCCGAAGAAGAGGAGCCGCUUUCUGUCGCUGCUUUGCGGCGGCGAUGGCGCGGAGUCUGUCGCGGAGGGUGGCGUGUUCCAGGAUGAGCUCGAGAUGCUGUCGCCCGGCGGAGCUUUUCGGGACGAGCUUCUGUACGAUGACGAUGGAAUCGGAAGAGAACUCUGUCGUGAGUUCUCGGAGUACGGUGAUGAAGAGGACGGGACCGUGGAUCAGAGAGCAGAGAGGUUUAUAGAGAAGUUCUACGAGGAAAUGAGGAAUCAAAGGCGGGAGUCUGAUGCAGCACGCGAACAUGCUAUUUGAGUUACGCUGCGCAUCUCGCUCGUGAUGCGUUACUUGGUCAUAUUUGUGCCCCUUCUCUGCAGGUGACCUUUUAGCAUCUCAAACCGUGGAGAGAUUCCAUUUGUUCUGUGUUUUCGUUUCUGGAGGUAAAAAUCUUCUCUUUCUGUAUCUUCGUUUCGAUGAAUGAGUUCCUCUACUUGUAAAA